AUGAACCAAAGUGGAAUGGAGCGCCGAGUCUACACCCAUCGUGAGAUGGUCGCCGCCGCCGGCCUGGUCCUCCUCAAACAGGGAGGCCAGCGUGAGCCAACGCCGCCUCCUUUGGAUGACUCCAACAAGUGCUCCCUGCCCUCGAUCUCGAACCUGCUCGUCAUGGCCGAUCAGGGAUCUCCUACCUCAGAGACAUCUCCUCAGUCUCGCCCUGCACUCGCCCAGGCGCCGGGUGCAAGCUUUUGCUUCUCUCAGCUGAGAAGCCGCCCCUUCUUUCGCCCAACCGGGCUUUGA